AUGAAGCCCAAUACCCUUCUCCUCGCUCUCUCGUGCCUCUUCCCGCUGCUGGCCCUCGCGGAUGACGCGACCGUCCUCGCUACUACGACCGUAACGGUAGCCGCAGCCACCACGACAGCCAUCCUCCAGCAACAGCAAGCUCCUGCAGCAACGACCGCCGCAGCAGCCACAUCCGCGCAACCAGUCCCCGUAGACGGCCACGGCACCGCCGACGAGACCUCUGGCAUCGAGCCUGGCGGUCUAGGGUCCUCAAGCAGCAACGAAGCGGGCGCCGCCGGCAAGGACACCGGCGCCUUCUCCAUCUCGAAAGGGGGCAUCGCGGCCAUCAUUGCCGUUGUCGUUAUCGUGGCCGUCUUUGGCAUUGCCUCUGUUGUCCUCUUCUACCUCGCCAAGAAGCGCCAAUGGGAAGUCCGCAAAUCCAUCUCGCGCUUCUCGCGCCGGCUGACCGGACGCACGGAUGCUGCGAGGGCGAAUAGGCAGUCGAGACGGACGGGCGUGAGGAUGGCGUCGCCGCCGGGUGCUGCGAGGAAUCACCGUGAGAGGGAUCUUGAGAAGGGCAAGGCGAGUGUUGCGGUGACGGAUAAGGGCCGGGUGCCGCAUGAUAAGGGCAAGAAUGUUAUGAGCUCGUUCAGCAUAGAGACGCCGGUGGUCAAGUCGUGGAAGAACAAGCUGUUCUCUUCUGGGAAGUAA